CCAGAGAGCUGGCCGCCGAACUUGCACGUUUGCGUCGUCUCAUGCGGACCGCUGGUCGAGCAGAAUCAGAAGCGACACCAUCAUGAUCCUCGUUCGACCGUGCUUUCUCCCCUACUACCUUAUAGACGUGUUCUGUGCACCUCCAUAUAUCCUGGCUUCUUUAUACCUGCUGCCAAUUGCUUUCUUUGCUUCAUCUUUAUGGUCCCCCGGCGACGUAGUCCGUACGAGAGACACUUUCCUUCAGCUUUCUUGCCGCUAUCGCUCCCGCUUGAGUUAUGCUCUCGCCGCACGUCCGAUAUGCACAUCCCUGUUCUACCCGCCCUGUCUAUGGUCCAUACACCCCCUUCGCGGGUUCUACCACUUGUUCAUGUUCCACUCGCCCUGUCUAUGGUUUAUGCGCGACUUGUCCAUGUUAGGCCUAGCCUUUUUUCAGAGCUUGUUUAUCUCGCCGUCGUCACUCGCUGCACCUGUCGUGCAUCACCCUACCUGUCUUUUACCCGGCAAACUCCCCUUUAUCGUACGUACAGACUAUCAGCAUCGCCUGGACUCGUUCUUUCUCUAAUCUCUAGCAUAUCUAUCCACCACGCAUCUGUAGCAUUCACGCAAUUGAAUCCAGUCCAUUGCUUUGCCAUAUAUUCAAACAAACAUUUUUGUGGGUACAGAUUCCGUAGUACAGUGUUUAUACAAGUCAGAACAUUCCGAGCAUAGGAAGGAGUGAAUACGGAGGUUGGUACACGUCGUUUUGUGAGCAGAGAUCGUAUCUUCCGAG